AGGUCAGACCUUCAUUGGUAACCCAGGAAACCUUCCUCAGAAACCAUUAAACAUGCUAGAGUUUCAAAUAGCAUUUCUUCAGCACGUGGUGGAUUUUUUGUCCUUUAACUGCAACGUGUUGGACGUGAAACCUGCCAUAGGCCUCAUCAACCCAGUGUUCAUGUCAUUGGAUUUUCCGAUUUUGUGCGUGCAACCUUUGGUGUUCUCGUAUUCUCCGUUGAUGUUCUCUCUGGCUCCGAGUCUGAUAAGUGUUUGUCCCGUCGUGUUCUCUUAUGCCCCCGUGUGGUACUCUGUGAUUCCCGAGUGCUUCGUGUUCUCGCCCAUCAUCUUUUCCAUUACCCCGGAAAAGCACAUCAGAAAAACCGUGAAACGAUCUUUCACUGGAGGUUACUUCGAUGCCGUUAAUCUGGAACAAAAAAGGAAAGGAGCUGCUUUCCGUGAAGAAUUCGAACCCCCGUCUGUGCCCGUGGAUGCCAGACAGGCAAAUGAGGCUGCCAGCGUGGAUAAUUUCCCAGUGGGACCAGUUUCUGUCAAAAUCCACUUGAACAUCGAAAUGCCAUCCAAUGAUUCCGUUGUGAAGGAACGUUUGAAACCGGCUAAAUUUGGGAGCAGAACAAGGGCAUGGGACAAGCAUAACAUUUUUGCCUCGUCCCCAACGGGGAAGCCAAAUCAGAAAAUCGCGAAAAGACCAAUAGAAUCCCGAGAUCCGUGGUCAAAAAUCCUGCACAGGGAACCCUUUGGCCAUCAUGCUGAAGUUGCAAGAAAAAGCGAGGCAAUUGGAUACCCUAGCCGGAGAUCCCCUGUUACGAAACCAUCACAAUCUCGUACAGCUUUUCAGAUUAUUUCACGAAUGAAUGAUUUGGUGUCACUUGUUGGCGGAAUACCCGAGAUGAGUUCGCUUUCGAACCGGACAGAUGAAAAAGUCACCUCGUUGCAGGAUCCGGGUUUCGAUGAUUCUCGUUCGAAGUCGGUUCUGAAAAUGCUCAGAUCGCCGAAAAUUGAGACAGCUAAACCGACUAGGGAAGCAGAAACCCCUUCAGACUUUUCGAAUUUUGAAUGCAGGCUCGAAGCCAAAGUCAACAUGAUAACAUUUGCUUGGCCCGAGGUUCCUUCAAUAGUGUUGAACACGAAGAAUUCACCGUCUACUUUGGAGCCAACUUUGAGUGCGAUGCCGACGUCUACUGAGACGAAUUUCGUGACAAUUCCAAAACUGACAACGAUCAAGACAUCAACAAGUUUAAAGCCGAUGGAAUUUCCUAUUCCUCCGCAAUUUAAUGUCCCAUCUGCUGUUCUUCAUCCUCUGAGUCCUUUGACCUCAAUCCAAGAAGCGCCACCCAGUAAGGAUUGCAGUGGACUGGGUAACGCUAAGGCACUGGACAACUGGAGAUGAUCGUCUUUACCAAAACGAGUUGCCCUUCUCUAUUAAAUCGAUGCUGUUACGUCGUCAGAUUAUUUCUUGAAACGGGUCCGUGACGACGUUGCUUUGCAACGUGCGGCGACUACAAUCAGUUUUGUGAUGCAACGUCAACCUCGGAAAAAAUUUUACUCAAGUUCCGAUUGAAUAAUGCGCCUUCGAACCCCGGUCUGUUCCUGUUGAAAAAAUGGGACCCUUCAGUCUAGAAUUGUUGCUGAGAUUUUGAAUAAAGUGAGGUUCUGGUGAAAAUCUAUUCAAAAAAAGAUGUGAUGUGUUACCCCGGUUAAUGACAUAUUUUUUUCUUGAGGGCUGCUGAUGAUUUGUGUCUCGGAGUGCAGCCACUCGUCUGGGAAAUCAAUAAUAAAAACGCGAAGUGUGGCUGUCCGGGUUCGUUUUUAAGGGGAUGAAGACAUUGUUUUUUGUACCCUCAAGAGAACCCAUGUUAAUCCAGCAACGUCAGCAAGAUGGAAAACAAACUACCGUACAGAACUGAAGUUUUGACCGUGUUUGACCCUUUCAAUGAUGACCCAGCUCUUCACUGAACCCUACCGAGCCCUCAAGUUGACCUUAGCCAAUUACACCCGGCCUUUUAUCUUGCGUUAACCAACACCUGGCCUACACACCUAAUAAUGCCAUAACAGUUGUCCCUUUUAUUUCUCAAUGACAUAACGUGACAGACCUGAUUUUUGUUUAUUAUUCGUGAAUUAUUUUUUGGGUUUAAUUUACUCAUCUGGUUGUGUAAAAUUAUUUUACUGUGUUGAAUGCAUUUUGAGCAGUGAUUCGUGUUCUGAAACAGUUUGGAAGUAUUGACCGUGGGGAGUAGAAUAGUACAUAACUUCGAACAACUUCAGCUAUUGAAAGUAGCUGUGAAAAAAAAUAACUGCUUUAAAUUCCUGGCGAAGGAUCAAAUUCCUUGCACAAAAAGGGGAUUGAAAGGUACAGUACUUCAGUGGGAUUAAUUUUUCGCUCGUCUAUGAAAAAUGUUCCAGUUUUGUGUCAUUUUAGGCGUGAAUCUGCAUUUUUUUUGCAGUUGUACGACGUUAA